CCUUAAAAAUCUAUACUUUGAUCAAAAUUCAACCCAUCCGAAAUCGCAAUCAAAUUCCUUCCGUUAAUCAACGAAUUUCAGUUUUCAAUCUCACUUAUUAUAAUUAAAAACAAUAAUUAAUCAAUCAAUUAUUUCUAAUAAUAAUGGAAACCCUAAUUUCAUCAGCAUCAAUUGUAUCUUCUUCUCAUCCAAAAGUUUCAAUCUUUUUCCCAAAAUCCAAACACCCAUUUACCAAAAGACUCACUAGCUUCACCGUUUCAUCCAAAAAUGAUGAUAAUGAGCUUGGUUUUAGCUCUGAGUGUGAUGAUGUCACUAGUAUUGUCCCAGUUUCCAGAAAUCAAUCUUUUUCUAAGGAUGAUGCUAUGGGAUUGGUUUUGAGUGCAGCAAAUGUUAGGGGUUGGACAACUGGGUCAGGUAUGGAAGGGCCGCCGGCACCUGCAGAAUCUAAUACCGAGAAGAUCACCACCUUUCCUUGGUCCCUGUUCACCAAGUCUCCAAGACGUCGUAUGCGUGUUGCCUUUACCUGUAACGUGUGUGGUCAAAGGACAACUCGGGCUAUUAAUCCUCAUGCGUAUACUGAUGGUACCGUCUUUGUGCAGUGUUGUGGAUGCAAUGUAUUUCACAAGCUUGUAGAUAAUCUGAAUCUAUUUCAUGAGAUGAAAUGCUAUGUGAAUCAAUCCUUCAAUUAUCAGGAUCCGAAUGCUGAUGCUAGCAGUCUUGGCUUCAAGUAUCUUGACAUGGAUGAUGAAAAUGAUGACAUAUUUCCACUCUUAUGAGGUCCACUCUUAGAGGUGAAAGUUACGUUAUGCAGAUAUUUAUAUGUACAUUCUUUUCGCUGUAAACAUAACAUGUGGUGUUAAUGGGCUUGUAAAUAUAUUCCUAAUCACUUUAAUACUUUGUGGCAUAAA